UUGGUUUUCCUAAACGAGGAAAUACUAUAAGCUACUGAGAAACAAGUAAAAGUCUCUAGGAAAAACUUCCUCUGCAUAAUUUUCAGCCAUUUUCUGGGGAAAGUGAGACAAUUCUCAGAGAUGAAGAGUCGUUUCGGAACUCCAUUUGAAGGCAUUGCAGAGGAUAUUCGAGGACGCGUUUCUUGCUACAAGCAGGAUUGGGUUGCUGGAAUUAGAUCUGGAAUAGGGAUAUUGGCUCCAACUACGUACAUAUUUUUCGCAUCUGCUCUUCCAGUUAUUGCUUUUGGAGAACAAUUGAGCCGAGAUACAGACGGGAGCUUGAGUACUGUGGAAACUUUAGCUUCUACAGCUAUUUGUGGUAUCAUUCAUUCAAUACUCGGCGGGCAACCUCUUAUGAUACUAGGAGUUGCAGAACCUACUAUUAUUAUGUACAGUUACCUAUACAAGUUUGCUAAAGGGAGAGAAGAAUUGGGACAGUCCCUUUACUUGGCUUGGGCUGGAUGGGUUUGUGUUUGGACAGCUCUCAUGUUGUUUCUUCUAGCAAUAUUUAAUGCCUGCUCUAUCAUUAGUAAAUUUACAAGGAUUGCUGGGGAGACUUUUGGCAUGCUUAUCGCCGUGCUUUUCAUUCAAGAAGCAAUUAAGGGAUUAGUGAGCGAGUUUCAUAUUCCUAAAUACGAAGACCCAAGUUCAGAGAAAAAUCAAUUCCAUUGGCUUUAUACAAAUGGCCUACUUGGAAUCAUAUUUACCUUUGGCCUUCUCUGCACAGCCUUAAAGAGCAGGAAAGCAAGGUCGUGGUGGUAUGGCACAGGCUGGAUUAGAAGCUUCAUCGCGGACUAUGGAGUUCCUUUAAUGGUUCUUAUGUGGUCAGCUCUCUCAUUUAUCGUCCCAAACAAAGUUCCAUCUGGAAUUCCUAGAACUCUCUAUAGUCCCCUUCCUUGGGGAUCUGCAUCUUUAUAUCACUGGACUGUAAUGAAGGAUAUGGGGAAGGUUCCUCCAGCAUACAUAUUUGCUGCCAUAGUACCGGCUGUGAUGAUAGCAGGACUCUAUUUUUUCGAUCACAGUGUUGCUUCUCAGAUGGCACAACAAAAGGAGUUCAACUUAAAGAAUCCUUCUGCUUAUCAUUAUGAUAUCUUACUCUUGGGAUUUAUGACUUUGCUAUGUGGUUUGAUUGGAUUGCCUCCUUCAAAUGGUGUCCUGCCACAAUCCCCUAUGCACACUAAAAGUUUGGCUAUUCUUAAGAAACAGCUGAUUCGGAAGAAGAUGGUUCAAAGUGCAAAAGAGUGUAUCAGGAGAAAAGCUAGCAACUCUGAAAUCUAUGGCAACAUGCAAGCUGUAUUCAUAGAGAUAGAUAGUUCUCCUGUUAAUGCAGUAGCUAAAGAAUUGAAACACUUGAAAGAGGCAAUAAUGAAACAUGAAAUUGAAAAUGGAAAUGGGGAAAAAUCAAAUGGCAAAUUUGAUCCUGAGAAGCAUAUUGAUGCUUACUUGCCCGUUCGAGUCAAUGAACAAAGAGUGAGCAAUCUAUUGCAGUCACUACUAGUAGCAGCAUCAGUAGGUGCUAUGCCAGUAAUAAAAAAGAUACCAACCUCAGUUCUUUGGGGAUAUUUCGCCUACAUGGCUAUUGAUAGCUUGCCAGGAAAUCAACUAUGGGAAAGAAUCUUGCUUCUCUUCAUCACCCCUGGAAGGAGAUUUAAGGUUCUUGAAGGGGUACAUGCAUCUUUUGUGGAGUCAGUACCAUUUAGAUGCAUGGCAAUCUUCACAGUAUUCCAACUUGUAUAUUUACUUGUGGUAUUUGGAGUCACUUGGAUUCCCAUAGCUGGCAUUCUAUUCCCCUUGCCAUUCUUUCUCCUCAUAAGCAUAAGGCAGCAUUUGCUUCCCAAAUUGUUCCAUCCUCGUCAUUUGCAAGAGCUCGAUGCAGCCGAGUAUGAAGAAAUUGCUGGUACCCCAAAACGUGCACUUAGCUUCUCUUUCAGGGAAACGGAGGCAACUGAAGAAGGCAAAAUAGAAAUUUGUGAUGCUGAGAUCUUGGAUGAACUUACAACCAGCAGAGGAGAGUUGAAAUUCAGGACUGUCAGCUUCAGCGAAGAUAAACGCCCACAGGUUUAUCCAACUGAGGACAGUACAGAAUCUGAGUGACCGAGUUUGAUCAUUGUUUAGGGUUAAAAUUUUAGGACGAGGUGACUAUAUAUAUAUAGUGAUGAAACAGGUUAUUGACUCUUGUAUCAACUAUGGGAAAAUAGAAGUUAGGAGCAGACAGAUAUGAAGAUAUCUGUGUUUCUGGAUUCUAGAGAAAUUUGUAAUGUUUGGGUUGGUACAUACUGGUAUUUUGUCCAUAAAUGUGGAGCGUGUAAUGCUAUAGACUGUAGGUCUAGCAUGAGAGUGAUGAGUUUUAUAGCAAUAUUCUACAAGCAGAUUUUUGAUUUGAGAAUGUACAGUAUUUGAUAGUUGAAUGAUUUCGAACAAUUAUGAGUUAGUGCUGUUAAAUAGUGGUGUUGAUAAGAACUCUAUUAUUUCAAAGCCCUGUUUAAGGAAA